CGAUAAUCAUGAUAACUUAUUCUAACGUUCCACCAAGAUCUGUAACACCAAAACCAUCUUAUUUAACAGUUGUAAGUCAUAUUAAGUAUUAUAAGCCUUCUCCAUAAUUGCAUUCAUAAGCAAUAAUUCCUAAUUAAUAUGUUUAACCAAAAUAGAUAGUACCAACUACGGAAAUAAUUCGUAUUAUUCCUAAUGAACAAUAACAAGUAAUCUAAUAAGAUCAAAAUUAAUUUAAUGGAUUAUCAUUACCUGAAUUGAAAGCUUUCUUGGAAGAUUUAAUGAAACGUUAUGAUAGAUUAGCAAUGGAAUUACAAAAAGCAUCAUAGAAAGAAAUUUAAUUAUAAAAUCAACAAAUAAUUGCUUAAACAGAAUUGAAUAACAAAUUGCUAUAGUUUUAGUAAGAAAGAGAAGCGUUUUAGUAAACAAUUAAUCACAAGAAUUAGGAAAUUGAUUUUUUGAAUUCAUAAAUUGAUAAAUUAAAAGAAUAGCAUUUUGGAGAAUUAUAGGAAUUGAAAACAGAUAAUGAACAGAUAGCAUUAGUUUUAACUGACAAAUUGGAUUAGAUGAAUUAAUUUGCAAAAGAAAAAAUGAUAGAAUUAGAUUAAACAAAAAGUCUGUUAGUUCUUAGAGAAUAAGAAGUAUAAGAAUGGAGAAGUAGAAAAAAUAAUGGAGAUGUAUAUUCUCAAGAGAUAAACUAAUUGAAAUAGAAAAUUUAUUUAUUGUAAUAAGAGAAAGAAUAAUUGAUGGAUAGACUUAGAUAUUCAUAGCAAGAUUCUCAAAUAGUAAAUGAAAAUUAAAUGUUGAGAGCUUAAUUAUAAGAGAAGGAAUCGGAAGUUAAUACAUUAAGAUUGAAAGUAUUUAAUUUUAAUUUAAUUAGCUACAAUAUGGUUAAUAAAAUAAUAACAAUCAAUAAUUAUACUAAGAAUUAGAAUAAGCGAAAGAAGAAAUUAUGUAUUAUAAGUAGUAAAUGAUGAGUAGUGGUUAGAUUAAUAAUUUAGAGGAGAUUGAGGAUUAUAAGGAUAAGAUUCAAAUAUAUGAAAGUGAAAUUAGGCGUUUAAAUAAAUAAGUAUAUAUUUGAUCUAAAUUAUAGUUGACAGAUAUGAGACAUGAAUUGGAAGAUCAUAAGAAUCAUAAAUCUGAUAAUGAAUUUCUAAGAUCUAAACUAUCAGAUUAGUAAAAUCAAAUAAGAGAAGUUACAAAAUCAUAAUUGGGUUUCAAAGAAAGAGUUCCUCAAUACUACUGA